AUGUCACCUGUUCAGAACACCACAUCCUCAUCCAUCAUCUUCCUGCUAACUGGUGUUCCUGGGCUGGAAGCCUUCCACGCCUGGAUCUCCAUUCCCUUCUGCUGUCUCUAUGCAACGGCCCUCUCAGGGAACAGCCUGAUUCUCUUUGCCAUUCUCACUCAGCCCAGCCUUCAUGAGCCCAUGUACUAUUUCCUGUCUAUGCUGUCCACCACGGACCUUGGGCUGUCCCUAUCUACUCUGGCCACCAUGUUGGGCAUCUUCUGGUUCAAUGCCAGGGAGAUUGGCUUCAAUGCCUGCUUGUCCCAGAUGUUCUUUAUUAAACUCUUCACUGUGAUGGAAUCUUCAGUCCUAUUAGCUAUGGCUUUUGAUCGAUUUGUGGCCAUCUCUAACCCCCUUAGGUAUGCCACAAUUCUAACUGACUCCAGAAUUUCACAAAUUGGGGUGGCAAUUGUGAUCAGGGGGACCUUAGUGCUGACACCAAUGGUAGCUCUUCUUAAAAGAUUGUCCUACUGCCGCAGCCGUGUGCUCCACCAUUCCUACUGCUUCCACCCUGAUGUGAUGAAGCUCUCCUGCACAGACACCAGGAUCAACAAUGCGGUUGGAUUGACUGCCAUGAUUUCUACUGUUGGUGUAGACUCGGUCCUCAUCCUCCUGUCCUAUGUGUUGAUCAUCAGGACUGUCCUCAGCAUCGCCUCCUCAGAAGAGAGGAAGAAAUCCUUUAGCACGUGUGUUUCCCACAUUGGGGCCGUGGCUGUGUUCUAUAUUCCACUGAUCAGUCUCUCCUUUGUUCACAGAUUUGGGAAACGAGCCCCACCCUAUGUGCACACCAUGAUUGCCAACACCUACUUGCUAAUCCCUCCUGUCAUGAACCCCAUUAUCUACAGCGUGAAGACCAAGCAGAUACGUAGAGCUGUGAUAAAAGUUCUCUCUUCCAGCAGAAGAAAGAACUAG